UAGCCUUUUGACCACUAGAGGCCUCUAUCAUCCUCUAUGGUUUCAACCAAUCUGGCAACAACUAYCUAGUAGGAGGCGGCACUGGCAGUUGACACGGCGCACACACUUCUAUCUUCAGACAUUGGACAGACUCUUCAACAUGCUCUUGUGACCAUUAAUAUAAAUUGGCCUGACAAAUUCAACUAUUUGGGGAGGGGAUGAUACAAAUAUACCACUUUGUAGGAAGGAGUAAAGCGACCGUCGGUCAUCACUCGCAAAUAAACACCCCGGAACUGGUUAGCUAGCUAACGUUAGUAACGUUACGCUCAGUUGGCUAGCUUUAUAUUGGCAAUGUUUACUAGCUACACAACUGUCAACACGCGUGGAGAAUAAACGUUUGGCCUGUGUACAAUCAGCAAGACAGCUUGUUCUCAACACCGAAAACUUCACGGCGACCUACCACCACUUGUAGCUCCGAAAAUGGCUUCAAGAGGGGGCUUUCCGGCUACUCAGAUGAACCCCAGUGUUAACCCCAUGAACGCUGGACAUGCUGGCGGUGGAAUGAGGAUGCCAGGYAUCCAACAGAAUUCGGGUUUCCGAGCCAUGAAUGCCACUCCUCAGUACCAUCAGCACCCUGGUAUGCCACCCAACAGGGGGAUCCCGAUGGGGCCAAUUGGGGGCCCUGGACCCUCUUAUGGGGGCGGGAACAUGCCCUUACGCAUAGGAAUGGGGCAAUCGGCCAUGGACGCCUCCCGAAAGCGAUUCCUUCAACAACAACCGCAGGGGGGGCUGGGAGGCCCAAGGCGUGGCAAAAGGCGCAGGAUGGCCGACAAGGUGCUACCACAGAGGAUCCGAGACCUGGUUCCAGAGUCUGAGGCCUAUAUGGACCUGCUGGCCUUUGAGAGGAAGCUGGACCAGACCAUCGCCCGCAAACGCAUGGAGAUCCAGGAAGCCAUCAAAAAGCCCAUUACGCAAAAGCGCAAGUUGAGGAUCUACAUAUCCAACACCUACACACCCGGCAAGCCAGAAGGCGAAGAGGUAGAAAAAGUGUCAUCCUGGGAACUAAGGGUGGAGGGAAAACUCCUUGAGGAUCCUGGGAAACAGAAGAGGAAGUUUUCGUCUUUCUUUAAGAGUCUGGUCAUUGAGCUCGACAAGGAACUGUAUGGACCUGAUAACCACUUGGUAGAGUGGCACAGGAUGCCCACCACCCAGGAGACAGACGGCUUCCAGGUGAAGAGACCAGGGGACGUGAGCGUGAAAUGCACCCUCCUCCUAAUGCUGGACCACCAGCCCCCACAGUACAAGCUGGACCCAAGACUGGCCCGGCUGCUAGGUGUACACACCCAGACACGGGCUAGCAUCAUGCAGGCGCUGUGGCUCUACAUCAAGAACAACAAGCUGCAGGACAGCCACGAGAAGGAGUACAUCAACUGCAACCGCUACUUCAGACAGAUUUUAGGCUGCACACGUAUGCGGUUCUCUGAGAUUCCCAUGAAGCUGGCUGGCCUGCUGCAGCAUCCUGACCCAAUCAUCAUCAAUCACAUGAUCAGCGUGGACCCGAACGACCAGAAGAAGACGGCGUGCUACGACAUUGACGUGGAGGUGGACGAUCCUCUGAAGGCCCAGAUGAAUAGUUUCCUGUCCUCAACUACCAAUCAGCAGGAGAUCGCCGCCCUGGAGAUGAAGAUCCACGAGACCAUUGAGUCCAUCAACCAGCUGAAGACCCAGCGAGACUUCAUGUUGAGCUUCAGCAACAACCCGCAGGACUUCAUCCAGGACUGGCUCAAGUCCCAGAGUCGAGACCUCAAGUUGAUGACGGACGUGGCAGGUAACCCAGAGGAGGAGAGGAGGACUGAGUUUUACCAGGCCCCCUGGGUACCAGAGGCUGUAGGCCGAUACGUCUACUCUAAGGUGCAGCAGAGAAGACAGGAGUUGGAGCAGGUGCUGGGAAUUCGACUCACCUGAGUCCUUAUGGGGUGUAGCUCCCCAAUCCACUAAAACAAAAACGAGGCAAAUUUUAAGAUUGUCUUAAACUCCCAGUUUUACAUGAAUCAUAUCCAAAACACAACCACAGAACUGGAAUCAGCUUCCAUCAAUUCGCAAUGCCUUUUUCAACCACUUUGUAAUAGCAUAUGUUUAUAUACGUUAUUCUAUAACUAUUGCAGCUAAUGUGUCUUUCAAUCACAAAGCCUUAUGUCCUUAUGGGAACGGUUUGGUGCCAUGGUUUCAGCAGGGUAAAGGCUUUUGAGUACUUGGCUGGUAUCUGUUAGUAGCAUUUUUUUUCAAAUUAAUUACUUUGAGACCAAAGUAAUGAUUUACAUGGUCUUGCUUAUAGUCUCGUCUUUCUCCACAUUACGAGGGAUACUGUUU